AUGAUUUUUUUCCGCUAUCAGAUGUUCAGAUUCAUUUGGCUUGCCAGGCCAACUGGCCGGUACCUUCACAAAGAUCACCAGCUUUGGGCACCUCUGACUCUUGCUGACUUUGAAGCCAUAAAUCGCUGUGAGAGAUCAUUGCCUAAAAACUUUAACUUUGCUGGGGAUGUGCUGGACCAGUGGUCCCAAAAAGAAAAGACAGGAGAGAGACCAGCCAACCCAGCCCUAUGGUGGGUGAAUGGCAAAGGGGCUGAGGUGAAAUGGAGCUUUGAAGAACUGGGCUCCUUGUCCCGAAAAGCUGCCAACGUGCUCAUCAAGCCCUGUGGCCUAAAGAGAGGAGACCGAGUGGCUGUGAUUCUGCCCCGUAUCCCAGAGUGGUGGCUUAUAAACGUGGCUUGUAUGCGAACAGGGCUGGUCUUCAUGCCAGGAACAACCCAGCUGACAGCAAAAGACAUUCUCUAUCGGCUGCGAGCAUCCAAAGCCAAGUGUGUUGUGGUCAGUGAGGAGGUGGUCCCAGCAGUGGAGUCCAUCAUGUCAGAGUGUCCUGACUUAGAGACCAAACUCCUGGUGUCUCCACACAGCCAGAACGGGUGGCUCAGCUUCCAGGAAUUAUUUCAUUGCUUCUCCAUAUCACUUAGGUAUUGGCUAGACCUGAAGUCCUCAGAUAUCAUAUGGAACAUGUCUGACACUGGCUGGAUCAAGGCUGCCAUUGGCAGUGUGUUUUCAUCCUGGCUUCAGGGAGCGUGUGUCUUUGUACAUCGGAUGGCCCAGUUUGACACCGACACUUUCUUAGAUACGCUCACCACUUAUCCCAUCACGACCCUGUGCAGCGCUCCCACUGUGUACCGGAUGCUUGUGCAAAAAGACCUUAAAAGAUAUAAAUUCAAGAAGCUACGGCACUGCUUGACAGGAGGGGAGCCACUCAACCCCGAGGUGCUGGAACAGUGGAAGGCACAAACUGGACUGGAACUGUAUGAGGGCUACGGACAGACAGAAGUGGGAAUAAUUUGUGCCAAUCAGAAAGGACAAGAAAUUAAACUGGGUUCAAUGGGCAAAGGAGUACAACCCUAUGAUGUCCAGAUUAUAGAUGAAAAUGGCAACGUCCUACCACCUGGCAAAGAAGGGGAAAUUGCCCUCAGACUACAGACUACACGGCCUUUCUGUUUCUUCUCUGAAUAUGUGGACAAUCCAGAGAAAACUGCUGCCACGAUAAGAGGGAAUUUUUAUGUCACUGGAGACAGAGGAGUGAUGGACAGUGAUGGGUAUUUCUGGUUUGUUGGUAGAGCUGAUGAUGUCAUCAUAUCCUCUGGGUACCGUAUUGGGCCAUUUGAAGUGGAGAGUGCACUAAUCGAGCACCCAGCAGUUGUUGAAUCAGCUGUUGUCAGUAGUCCAGAUCCAAUCAGAGGAGAGGUAGUGAAAGCUUUUGUUGUCUUAUCUGCACCCUUUAAAUCAUCCAACCCAGAGAAAUUAACUCUUGAACUUCAGGAUCAUGUGAAAAAAUCAACUGCACCUUACAAAUAUCCAAGAAAGGUGGAAUUUGUUCCAGAACUCCCAAAGACAAUCACUGGGAAAAUCAAACGCAACGUUUUGAGAGACCAUGAAUGGGGUAGAACAUAG